CGCGCAUUGGCUACUUUACGACGGAGGGACAUCCACACACACACACCCACAGCCCAGUCAGAGGGAGGCAACCGCUGCGAGGAGUCAGAGCCGAGACGCCCGAACAAUAACCAGACACACUCCGGGGGAGCACCGGAGGCUAAAGCCAGCCGGAGACAGAGCAGAGCAGAGCAGAGGAGAGGAGAGGAGAGGAGCGGGCAGGGACGUCCAGCACCGGCGGGAGGAAUCACCGCCACACGGCCGUUAUAUGUGAACGCCGCCGCGGGAUGAAGGGAUUGAUGCGCACACCAAAACAUGUUUUCCUCUGGGACAAAAAACACAUCUCCUUCCUGAACGACAAUCUACCACCGUUGACGCACGUACACACCGGGUUAUGAACCAGUUCCUCAGAGGACCAGAAACGGACACUGCCUCUCUUCCGCCCGGCGUAACGCUGCUGCCAAACACCGAUCGACUGCUCAGCAGUCAUUACCCAGUGGUUCGCAAUUAAUUUGGUCUGUCAUUUUUCCAAAGGAGGAUUUGCAAUUUUCUCCUAAGCUAAGUGACGGCGAAGAUGUGGCUAUCAAGUCCAUUCAUCCACGUCUUGAAACGUCAUCUGUUUCUGGCUUGCCAAAUGAAGUGGCAGAAGAAGAUAUUUCUGGCCCUCAUUGUCAUCUGUACUGUCAGUCUUCUGCUGCACCAUGGGGGCCACUUCACCUGGAACAUGGAGGCCUUCCGCUUUGGCUGCUCUCACCAGUACCCAGGAUCAAAGCCGAAACACACCAACAUUGUCUUCCUGAAGACUCACAAAACGGCCAGCACCACCAUGCAGAACAUCCUGUUCCGUUUUGCAGAGCGCAACAACCUGAUGGUGGCGUUGCCAGUACAAGCAUGUGGUCAUCAGUUCUGCUACCCACGUUCCUUCUCCUCUCACUUCGUCCAUCUGCACACGCUGCGACCAAACCUGAUCACCAACCACAUGCGCUUCAAUAAGACGGCAUUGCAGCGCCUGAUGCCAAAUGAUACACUAUACAUUACAAUCCUGAGAGAACCAGCCUCCAUGUUUGAAUCCUUGUUUACAUACUACAGCCGACACUGCAUGAGUUUCAGGAGAGUCCCGAAUGGCUCUUUGGAAGCGUUCUUGGCGGAGCCCUUCCGUUACUACAGGCCACAAGAGGUAGAGUCCAUGUAUGCACGCAACACCUUGACCUUCGACUUGGGUGGAGACAAAGAUCAUCCAUCAAAAGACUUGGCUUAUGCACAAAACUUUGUUGCGGAGGUUGAAAAAGUGUUCUCCCUAGUGAUGAUUUCCGAAUACUUUGAUGAGUCACUUAUUCUUCUUCGCCAUCUUCUCUCUUGGGAUUUGGAGGACAUCCUGUAUGUCAAGCUAAAUAUGCGGACUGAAAGUUCCAAGAAGCGAUUGUCUCCAGGUCUUCCUGAAAAGAUCCGUGCCUGGAAUUCCAUAGAUACAUAUCUUUAUGAGUAUUUUAAUGCUUCAUUCUGGCUCAAACUGUCAGAUUUGGGUCUAGACUGUGUGGCGAAGGAGGUCCAACUUCUUCGACAGGUACAAGAGAAGCUAAUGAGAAGUUGCUUUGGUGGGAAAAUGCCACUUCCACGCCCAGCUGCAGAGAUCAAGAACAAGGAUCUCCGUCCAUGGCAGCCAAGCGACAAAGUCGACAUCGUCGGCUAUGACCUCCCGGUAAAUAUAAGCCAUGAGGCACAGGAGCACUGCCUCAAGUACAUCAUGCCAGAGAUCUCAUACACGCGCAUCCUUCUACAUUCCCAGUCCUUGCGACAUCGUCGAAGUUAUCAGAAUCGGCCUCCACAAAAGUCACACAUCCUCCAACAUCACAUGCGCACAACCCUGCCUCGGCAUUCUCAGGUCCGCCUCAGCCAACCAGCGCCCUCUGUUGAUCAGAGCCCAGACUCAGGAACAGAGUCCAAAUCUAACGUGAAGCGAAGUGAAGGAACUACGAAGCUAGGGCUUUAAUUCUCAAGCAAAAUGUGAAAAUCUCAUCGGAGCCCAGCAGACUGCACACUUCGACUCAUCCUGAUAGAAAUAAAGACUAUGAUGCUCGAUUAAUGAAA